CACACUCUUUAAACAUCCGAGCUCGCAGCUACUCUCUAAGUGAAUUGAAACAAAAAUAAAGUGUUUGAUUGAUUAUCAUAGUUAAGUGAGAAUUUAACUUAAUCAUCUCGCGUGCAUUUACAAAGAAAAGUUCAUAAAGAAGAUGUUGGAGGAUUCGCCAAACGCACAACUCAACAAGACGAUCUUAAAUCGUUAUUUGUCUUUGGAACUCCCUGAUGGACAAAUUAUUGCAACUUAUAUUUGGAUUGAUGGUACUGGUGAAGGUCUUCGGUGUAAAGAUCGUACUUUGAACUUUAUUCCAAAGUCACCUAAAGAGUUGCCAGUUUGGAACUAUGAUGGUUCAUCAACUUAUCAAGCUUUGGGUGAAAAUUCUGAUGUCUACUUGCAUCCAGUGGCUAUUUAUCGUGAUCCGUUCCGACGUGGAAAUCACAUUCUUGUCAUGUGUGAAACGUACAAGUAUGACGGGACACCAUUAGCUACAAAUCAUCGUAUGGCAUGCAAUGAAGUCGCACAAAAGGUAGCAAGUGAAGAACCGUGGUUUGGCAUUGAACAAGAGUACACUUUAUUGGAUAUUAAUGGACAUCCACUCGGCUGGCCGAAAAAUGGAUUUCCUGCUCCUCAAGGACCAUAUUAUUGUGGCGUGGGUGCUGAUAAAGUGAUUGCACGUGACAUUGUUGACGCUCAUUAUCGAGCGUGUUUAUAUUCUGGUGUCAAAAUUUGUGGAACUAACGCUGAAGUUAUGCCAGCUCAAUGGGAGUUUCAAGUUGGACCAUGUGUGGGUGUUUCAGUAGGUGACGAUUUGUGGAUCGCUCGUUAUAUUUUACAUCGUGUGGCUGAGGAAUUCGGAGUUAUUGCAACUCUAGAUCCAAAGCCAAUGCCUGGUGAUUGGAAUGGUGCUGGAGCACAUACAAAUGUAUCGACUAAGAAAAUGCGACAAGAUGGUGGUAUUAAUGUCAUUAAAGCUGCAAUCGAUAAGCUUUCAAAGAACCAUCAAGCUCACAUUAAAGCUUAUGAUCCUCGUGGGGGAAAAGACAAUGAACGAAGAUUAACAGGUUUACAUGAAACUUCGUCAAUUAACGAUUUCAAUGCUGGUGUUGCUAAUCGCGGUUGUUCAAUUCGCAUUCCACGUGGUGUUAAUGAUGAUGGUAAGGGAUAUUUUGAAGAUCGUCGUCCCAGUUCAAAUUGCGAUCCUUAUACUGUUGUUGAAAGAAUGUUGCGUACAAUUCUUUUGGAUGAAUAUUAAAGAAACUGUUAAUCGACAUCACAAUCUUCUCAGGACGAGAUGCAUUCGAUAAAUUUGCACUAAAUCUUAUUAUUAUUUAUAAAAUAUCUGUUUGUGAAUUAUUUCUUUUGUUCUUCUUAUUAAAAAUAAAGUAAAAUAAUUUAAAAG